CCCAUGUCGCGACAGCCAGACAGCUUCAAGUUUGGCUCGUUGGGCUCAAUUGGUGGUAUGGUGGGGUCAACCCACGGUACUAUCAACCCGAGCUUUAUCUUGGGUGGGGGAGGAAGCGCUGCUACUACCAACGUUUCCGACUCAACUGUCAAUCAAAACUCAAAUCCAAUUACCCCGCAUCAGCUGCAGGGUCCAUUCUCUCAGGUACAGUUACCGGCCAUGCACACCAUGGGGCCACCCUUUUUCCAAAGCACGCCUCAAAACCCUACCUCCAAUCAGUGCGUGAUCCAGGUAGGGGACGUAUCGCUAGGCGUUUGGUGGUAUGACCCUAUGACCAUGUCAUGGAGUCAUACUGAGUGCGAACUCUGCCGAACGUAUCGGCACCAUAUAUCAGACGCAGAGUACGACCAAGUCCCGUCUUUCAUCGAGGCGCGUGCCCAGGACUGCGAGGCCGAAAUUCGCCACCUCCGUGACGAGCUUCGGGCACAUGGACCACCUCCCAACCGCGUCAAGCGACACCAUGAACGGGGGGAUUCUCCCCCUCCACAACGCAUCCGUACUGAGAGAGGGUAUCGCCCAAGCCCGGCUAGGUCCUCUAGGGCGGGCAGUCCUCGAGGUAGUAACCCACGACCUUCAGCACCGCCCCCUGUGAGGCUGCGACGAAACAACGACGCCAUGGAAGUGGAUGAUGUUGGCCCACCACCAGCACCACCCACUCUUCGAACCACGGCUGGGUCCCAUACGUUCGUCCCCUAUGAGAGUCCCCUCCACCAUUCGACGGGAGGGUUGUUUGGCUCAUAUCAAGUUACCCCCCCUUCCGACGAAGAAUCGGACUACAACGACAGUUCCGACAAUGAACAUCGUGACGACGACAUUCGCAAGGCGCUUAACAAGUUCCCUCACUCAAAUCGGGCUGGUCCCCAAUCACUUACCAGUGGUUGGGACUACUACCAAAAGUACCAGCCCACCUCCAAGUCUGCGUUCCGUGCCCUGGAUCGUGACAGGAAGGAUCUACCCCCUCCCUGUGGGAAACUCAGGCGUAUUGAACCCCAUUUGCCAACCUCUGCUGAUGAGGCUGAACGAAUCCUCGCACUGGUUAAAGCGUCUCCCGAGUCGUUCCUAGCGUACCGGUGGAAACACAUCGUAUCGGACAUCCAAGAACGGUCCCGACUGGUGUGGGUGUUGACAAGAAGGGGAAUGAUAUACCCUUUGGCCCUGCAAGGAUCCCGAAUGCCAGUAAAGGCUGCCCCCGCUUCUGAUUGGUUCGCGUGGUGUCUGUGGAACCAUCGCGCAGUCGAUUGCCCUGGUGUGUUCAUCAUGAGAGAUGGCCCUCUCGUCUGCUCAACUGUUGAGGCUUGGAGACUGAGUAGGGAUCUCUCUCCCGCUCAAGUAGCCAACCCUCGACUCCGUACGCGAUUCACCGAAGUAUUCGUUAUGCUCGUACUGCGCCCAGGAUGGUAUGGUCAGUUCCUGGACCACCAUUCCAUCCCUGUCGCAGCAGAAUAUGACCCAUACACUCGAUUCCCUGGCAAUUGGAUCCAAAACCUGGAUCUGGCUGCACUUUCACGCUUCCUCGCGGAGCGAGGAGUGACGCGCGAAGUCAUGGAUUCGUACCUGCUGUUUGGCAAAACAUGGGCUACUUGUAUGCUCUCUCAACGCCCCAACCAGUCCGAAUAUUGGCAGCAGCAACUCACUGCUAGCCAUGACUGGAUCAAGGCCAUUCAAUUUGAGGAACCAUCAUGGUACGAUGCCCCGUCGUGGUCACCUCCCCUCGAAGAGGGAUGGGACCUUACUUGGAUCGCCCGAUACCGCAAGGGCAGAAUGGAUAAGUGGGAGCAGGAUCAGCGGGACCAGGCCCUGCCCAAUAGUGGGCCAUCUACGGGAUCGACAGUACCUCCUGAAUCCUCUCUGUCGACAGUAGCUCCGCCCGAUAGUGGUGUCCUGCCGUCCGAGUCGAUCUCACACUCUCAACAAGCCCUCGACAUCAUCAGUAGCGACGGCACGGUACCCAUCGCCGACGAUCACAACACUCAAAUCGACGAUGGCGGCGAUACUAUCAUGGUUGAUCCCGUCGUGCAGCUCGCAGCUUCCAUCCCCUUGCCUCUGGGCGACGACGGUCUUUAA